CCUUUCGGUGCAUAGAAGGUGAUAUAGGAAUUUCUUUUCGGACAAAAGUUUGGUGGAGAAAACAGUGUUGGGAGACUAUAGUUUAUUGCCUACAUAGUUUAUUUUCAUUCUGAAUAUGGUCAGAACUGAUGGAAAGAAGUGAACCUGCAUUAGUUCCAGAAUGGUUGAGAUGUACAGGAAAUGUUGGUGGUGGCAGCCCUUCAAGCCACCAUUUUUCAUCUUCUUCUUUGCACUCAGAUGUUUCUUCGUCCUCAGCAUGGAAUAGAUGUUCUAGAAGCAACAGUGAUAAGGAUAGUCAGCGGUCUCCUUUUCUGGAACGUAAUCAUUCAUCUAAUUGUAGGCGUAGUUCAGGAAAUAAUGGUUCUGCAAAGCAUCCAUACAGCAGUUUUAAUAGAAGUCACCGGGAUAGAAACCGUGAAAAAGAUAAAGACAGGUCCACUGUUGGGGAUUUCUGGGAUCGAGAUUCUUCUGAUCCUUUGGAGAGUAUUUUAACAAGUGUUGAAAAGAGUUCCUUGAGACGCUCUCAGUCAUUAGUGUCCAGGAGAACAGUUGAAUUGUUACCCCGUAAGUCAGAGGAAUUGAAAAAUGGCGUGAACCUUAAUCAGUAUAUUGCAAAUGGCAGUCAUUUGGGGGGAAGUAAUAUAAGCGGUGUCCAUAAGGUUGCAUUCGAAAAGGAUUUUCCUUCUCUUGGAAAUGAAGAAAAGCAGGGAGGAUCUAGUAUUGGGAGGCUAUCUUCACCUGCUCUUAGUACAGCUGUUCAGAGUCUUCCUGUAGUUAACUCAGGGUUGCUUGGUGGUGAGAAAUGGACUUCUGCCUUGGCGGAGGUGCCCUCUGUAAUUGGCAGCAACAGCAUUGGGAACUUAAGUGCUCAGCAAAGUGCUAUUGCAACUCCGUCUGCUUCUUCAACUGCAAUGGCUGGCCUUAACAUGGCUGAGGCGUUAUCACAGGCUCCACCGCGUGCACGCCUCACUCCCCAAGUACCUGAUAAGACACAGAGGUUAGAAGAAUUAGCCAUAAAGCAGUCUCGGCAACUAAUUCCUAUGACACCAUCGAUGCCCAAAGCCUUGGUUUCCAGUUCUUCAGACAAAUCAAAGCAACCAAAAGCUGCAGCGAGAGUAAAUGAGAUGGUCGUUACUCCUAGGAAUAUGCAGCAACAGCAGCAGCAACCAAUCUAUUCACCUCAACUUCCUAAUCAAUCUCGUGCUGGCCAAGUCAGGUCUGAUGCUUCAAAUGCCUCUCAUGCUGGAAAGUUUCUGGUUCUGAAGGCUGCAAAGGAGAAUGGUGCCAACUCUAAUGCUAAGGACGCUUCUAGUCCAACUAACAAUUCCAUUAGAAAGGUGGCAGUAAGCCAGAUUCCACUAUCUGCAAUAACUCCAAUUGCUCUGACAAGCCCUACUAAUCCAAAGGCUUCCACUCUUGACAAGAAGGCAGCUGCAUUGUCUCUGAAUUCGAGACCUACCGCAGAGAAGAAAUUUUCCUUGUCUCAAGCACAGAGUAGGAGUGAUUUUUUUAACCUCAUGAGGAAGAAGACCUUGCGUAAUACUUCUUCUACCAUCUCGGAUUCAGUUUCUGUCAUUUCAUCUCCUUGUGCUGUUAAGUCUGAGGAAAAUAGUACAGAAGCUAAUAGUGCUCCAAUAAGUCCUCUUGUUAAUGAGAAUGGGAGUCAGAUGAUCACUGACGGUGAUAGUCACAGCUCUGGUGAUCAGGCGCAAAGUUUUGUGGAUGCUGGAGAGAGAAAUUUGUAUCUUAAUGGAGCACUCUAUCCAGAUGAAGAAGAGGCUGCAUUCCUUCGUUCACUUGGGUGGGAGGAAAAUGGGGAAGAUGUGGAAAUUACAGACGAGGAGAUCGUUGCCUUUUAUGAGGAGUACCAGAAAUUCAUGCCAUCUUUAAAAGUUUGGAGAGGCAUUCAGCCAAAAUGCACGAUGCUGUCUGAAUCUCACUCUUCUAACUCAGUUGCUGCCUCUUCUGAAUCUGGCUCUGUUGCUUCAGAAUAUGAAGCUUGAGAUGUUGAUUUCCCACAUUCAGGAUUUUGGGAAAUCAUUUUUGAUGAAAAAGGUUCCUUCAUUUUUUCCAUCUCUUUAUUUGGAAAGAGAGCUAAAUACGGUGAGUUAAAGGAUGACUAUGUUUUGAAGUCUGCAGCUUGGAGUAUAGUACAAUAAAAACCACCAACAGUAGGUCCUUUUAGCUGGCUUUGUCAUGGUUUGAAGGUUGCUUCUUGAAAAGAUCGUAGGUUAGGAAACAUUUUAUGCAGCUGAUGAUGCCAGGAAAGUAGGUUUUUUUUCCCAUCCUCUUUUCCCUUCUUUUUGCCGUCAAAAGAUCAAUUGGAAAGUUUACAGUGUUUUCGUCAAUUUACAAGAAAAAAAUUGGAUAGUUCAUUGAAGUUUUGUUGUUUUAUACUUUUCCCCCUUUUAACCCCCAUGCCAAGGUCCAUUUUGUUAGUUAAUAUCUUUCUUCA